UGGCGCCGCUCUAGCCGGCGCCCGGACUCGGUGGCGGGCGCGCUGCUCCGCGUCCCCCGCGCCUCCUCCCAGUGCAGACUUCACAUUCUACCACUGGACCCCUCCCCUGUCCUGAACCCUGAGCCGACACCAUGCACGGGCGCCUGAAGGUGAAGACAUCGGAAGAGCAGGCGGAGGCCAAAAGGCUAGAGCGGGAGCAGAAGCUGAAGCUGUACCAGUCAGCCACCCAGGCCGUCUUCCAAAAGCGCCAGGCUGGUGAGCUGGAUGAAUCAGUGCUGGAACUCACGAGCCAGAUUCUGGGAGCCAACCCUGAUUUUGCCACCCUCUGGAACUGCCGGCGUGAAGUGCUUCAGCACCUGGAGACCCAGAAGUCCCCUGAGGAGCUGGCCACUCUGGUGAAAGCAGAACUGGGCUUCCUGGAAAGCUGCCUGCGGGUGAACCCCAAGUCCUAUGGUACCUGGCAUCACCGAUGCUGGCUGCUGAGCCGCCUGCCCGAGCCCAACUGGGCCCGGGAGCUGGAGCUGUGUGCCCGCUUCCUCGAGGUCGAUGAGCGGAACUUUCAUUGCUGGGACUAUCGGCGGUUUGUGGCCGCACAGGCGGCUGUGUCCCCUGCAGACGAGCUGGCCUUCACUGAUAGCCUCAUCACCCGAAACUUCUCCAACUACUCCUCCUGGCAUUACCGCUCCUGCCUCUUGCCCCAGCUGCACCCCCAGCCAGACGCUGGACCACAGGGGCGCCUCCCUGAGGACGUGCUGCUCAAGGAGCUGGAGCUCGUGCAGAAUGCCUUCUUCACCGAUCCCAAUGAUCAGAGUGCGUGGUUCUAUCACCGCUGGCUCCUGGGCCGAGCUGACCCCCAGGACGCUCUGCACUGCCUGCACGUGAGCCGGGAUGAGGCCUGUCUGACUGUCUGCUUCUCUCGGCCCCUCCUUGUGGGCCCUGGGACAGAUACCUUGCUACUCAUGGCUGAUGAGUCACCUCUGAUUGUGGAAUGGAGGACCCCAGAUGGCAGGAACCAGCCCAGUCACGUCUGGCUCUGCGACCUGCCCACCGCCUCCCUCAACGACCAGUUGCCCCAACACACGUUUCGUGUCAUUUGGACAGCAGGCGGGGUCCACAAGGAGUGUGUGCUUGUAAAAGGUCGCCAGGAGGGAUGGUGCCGGGACUCCGCCACAGAUGAGCAGCUGUUCAGGUGUGAACUGUCGGUGGAGAAAUCCACAGUGCUGCAGUCCGAGCUCAAGUCCUGUAAGGAGCUGCAGGAGCUGGAGCCUGAGAAUAAAUGGUGCCUGCUCACCAUCAUCCUGCUGAUGCGGGCGCUGGACCCCCUGCUGUACGAGAAGGAGACACUGCAGUACUUCCAGACCCUGCAGGCCGUGGACCCAAUGAGGGCAGCGUAUCUGGAUGACCUGCGCAGCAAGUUCUUGCUGGAGAACAGUGUGCUCAAGAUGGAGUACGCGGAGGUGCGCGUGCUGCACCUGGCACACAAGGAUCUGACGGUGCUCUGCCAUCUGGAGCAGCUGCUCCUGGUCACCCACCUUGACCUUUCACACAAUCGUCUCCGAUCCCUGCCCACUGCCCUGGCUGCCCUGCGCUGCCUUGAGGUGCUGCAGGCCAAUGAUAAUGCCAUCGAGUCGCUGGACGGCGUCACUAACCUGCCCCGGCUGCGGGAGCUGUUCCUGUCCAACAACCGCCUCCAGCAGCGUGCAGCACUCCAGCCCCUUGCCUCUUGCCCCAGGCUGGUCCUCCUCAACCUGCAGGGCAACCCACUGUGCCAAGAGGUGGGCAUCGAGGAGCAGCUGGCGGAACAGCUGCCUUCAGUUAGCAGCGUCCUCACCUAGGAGAGCCCGCCCCGCCCUGCCCCGUAACUUAUUAGGACUGAAUAAAGAGUGGAGUGGCACCACAGGCUGCCAGUCUGCUGUCACCCCCGCCACUCUGCAUGGCUGUCUCCAGGACU